AGUUGAGUUGGGUAUAUUCCUCCAAUGACUCACUCUCGCAUAAACCUUCCCUUUUCAAUUCUGCUUCUUCCUCUUAAGCUUAAUAGGGUUUCCUCAUUCCCAGGCUCCAUGACUUCGUGCGAUUUCUCCCCCUCUGCUUGAUUCUCUCUGUCGCUCAGAUUGAAGAAGAAGAGAUGAAUGUGAGUCAUGCAUCGGUGCAUCCGGUGGAAGAUCCUCCUCCAGCUACAGAAGCCACACAACAACAAGUAGAGAAUAAUCAUCCGCCACGUGUUAGGAUGGAUGAUAUAGAAGGCAUGCCUGGCACUUUACUCGGCGUCGCUCUUCGUUUCUUCCAGUUCUUCUUUGCUGCUGCUUCUCUUUCCGUCAUGGCUUCUACUUCUGACUUCCCUUCCGUCACCGCCUUCUGCUACCUAGUUGCAGCCACUGGACUGCAGAGCUUGUGGAGUCUUGCCCUAGCCGCCGUUGAUGUAUAUGCCAUUAUGGUCAAACGUUCCCUGCAGAAUCGACGGCUUGUGAGCGUGUUUGCAAUUGGUGAUGGGGUGACGUCGACCCUGACUUUUGCAGCGGCUUGUGCAUCGGCAGGCAUAACGGUGCUGAUAGACAAUGAUCUGAAUAGCUGCUCACAAAACCACUGUGUUCAGUUUGAAACAUCAACAGCAUUAGCCUUCAUUAGCUGGUUUGCUGCUUUGCCUUCUUUUCUCUUCAACUUUUGGUCUCUCGCAUCCCGUUGAUUAAAAAAAAAAGACAGAUACAAGAUGAUGUUGCUGCUCCACGAGCAUGCGUUUCCACGGUGUGUUAAAUGUGUGUAAGGGGGUUUUUUUCACGGUGUAUAGUGACUGCUUUUUCUUCUUAUUCGGGUUUGGAUCCAACAUUCUUCUAAACCCAUUACCAGGAAAUUGGGAAUUGUUGUUCGUUUUGUUAAACACUUUGGGAUCUAUGAUUGAAAGGAAAGUUCAGUUCUUGUAGCUA